UGGACAGCAUUUGGCAAGGAUGGCACUGCUGAAAGUCAAAUUUGACCAGAAGAAGCGGGUCAAGUUGGCCCAAGGGCUCUGGCUCAUGAACUGGCUCUCCGUGUUGGCUGGCAUCAUCGUCUUCAGCUUAGGGCUAUUUCUGAAGAUUGAACUCCGGAAGAGAAGUGAUGUGAUGGAUAAUUCAGAGAGCCAUUUUGUGCCCAACUCCUUGAUAGCAGUGGGGAUGUUGUCCUGUGUCUUCAACUCUCUGGCUGGCAAGAUCUGCUAUGAUGCUCUGGACCCUGCCAAGUAUGCCAAGUGGAAGCCCUGGCUGAAGCCAUACCUGGCUAUCUGUGUCCUCUUCAACAUUGCCCUCUUCCUUGUGGCUCUCUGCUGUUUUCUGUUGCGGGGCUCAUUGGAGAGCACCCUGGAUCAAGGGCUCAAGAAUGGCAUGAAGUACUAUAGGGACACAGACACCCCUGGCAGGUGUUUCAUGAAGAAGACCAUGGACUUGCUGCAGAUCGAGUUCAAAUGUUGUGGCAACAGUGGCUUUCGGGACUGGUUUGAGAUUCAGUGGAUCAGCAACCGCUACCUGGACCUUUCCUCUAAAGAAGUCAAGGAUCGCAUCAAGAGCAAUGUGGAUGGGCGGUACCUGGUGGAUGGUGUCCCUUUCAGCUGCUGCAACCCCAACUCACCACGGCCCUGCAUCCAGUACCAGCUUACCAACAACUCAGCCCACUACAGCUAUGAUCACCAGACUGAGGAGCUCAACCUUUGGCUACAUGGCUGCAGGGCUGCCCUGCUGAGCUACUAUGACGGCCUCAUGAAUUCCAUGGGUGCUGCCACACUCCUUGUCUGGUUCUUUGAGGUAACUGUCACAGUUGGGCUGCGCUAUCUGCAUACAGCACUGGAAGGUGUAUCCAAUCUCGAGGACCCUGAGUGUGAGAGUGAGGGCUGGCUGCUGGAGAAGAGCAUACCCGAGACCUGGAAGGCCUUUCUGGAGAGCUUGAAAAAGCUGGGCAAGGGCAACCAGGUGGAAGCUGAGGGUGCAGAUGCAGGCCAGGCCCCUGAGGCUGGCUGAUGGCCCCUGCCCUGCCCCUCCUGAACACUGAG